AAAAAGAUUGAAUCACUGUUAGAGCCUCAAAGCCUCAUAUAGCCCAUAGACUUGCUCACAGUGAGUAGAGCAAAGCAACACCAGCUCCAUUCCUUUACAAAAAUCAGAUAUAUAUUGGAUGACUUUGCUGUGAAGUGGAAACAACCACCACCCACCUCCUCUUUUUCCCUCUCUAUUCAUGUAAAAUCUCUCUAGAGGUCUACAAUAAACAAUUAAACAGGCCCUCUUCUCUUCUCUUAUUAUUUUCUCUUCUCUCUCUACUCAUACGCCUCCAUCCCCAUCUCAACCUACCACUCCCCCUCUCUCUAUCUCUCUCUUGCUUCUUCAACCCAUUGAGUAUCAAAGCCAGCCAAGAGAGAGAGGGAAAGACAGAUAUUAAAAAAAAGAGGGAAAAUGAAGAAAAGUGAUGACAGUCACGUCUCAACCUCCAAAACCUUUCCUUGAAUCCAACUCCACUCAACAUUCACAAUCCAAAGGAUUGGUCUUUCAUAGUCCCAAAUAUAGUCAAAAUCGCAAUAAAUUAGCAAGAUAAACAAAAAAGACUGUUUAUUUUUCCCUCCCCAAAUUUGCCAUUUGGGUCCAAAACAUGACUGAGGUGCUCCAAUCGCCAUCCCCAUCUCACUUCCCUUCACCCUCAAGCUCUUCCACACCAUGUGCUCCACCUACACCCAAUGAUGGGCCAUACCCACAUGCCCUUAUUAACAGUCCCACAAUAGAAGACAGUCUCCAAGGCUAUUUGGGCUCAGAGGAAGAGGAAGAGGAAGAAGAAGAAGAAGAGGAAGAGGAAGAAGGAGAGGAAGAAGAAGAAGAAGAAGAAAGGAAAAGGAAAGAAAGGGACAGAGAAGGAGAUCAACUUUCGCUCUUGACACUUUUGGUGACUGCUUUCAGGAGGUCUUUGAUUGGGGGUUGUAGUAGUACUACUAGCACUGAUACUGGUAGAGGAAAGCUGUCUUCUAUGGAGAUUGGUUGGCCUUCAAAUGUCAGGCAUGUUGCCCAUGUCACCUUUGAUCGCUUCAAUGGCUUUCUUGGUUUGCCUUCUGAGCUUGAACCCGAGGUUCCCAGGAGGGCUCCAAGUGCUAGUGCAAAUGUUUUUGGGGUUUCAACGGAGUCUAUGCAGCUUUCAUUUGAUGCCAGAGGAAACAGUGUCCCCACUAUACUUAUUUUGAUGCAGAGACAUUUGUAUGCACAAGGUGGUCUUCAGGCAGAAGGAAUCUUCAGAAUUAAUGCCGAGAACAGUCAGGAGGAGUAUGUUAGGGACCAAUUGAAUAGGGGAGUAAUACCAGAGGGCAUUGACGUGCACUGUUUGGCGGGUCUUAUUAAGGCUUGGUUUAGAGAACUACCAACUGGUGUGUUGGACUCUCUCACGCCAGAGCAGGUAAUGCAGUCCCAGUCGGAAGAGGAGUGUGCUCAACUUGUUAGGCUCCUCCCCCCAACAGAAGCCGCACUGUUGGAUUGGGCAGUAAAUCUAAUGGCUGAUGUUGCACAAAUGGAACACUUCAACAAGAUGAAUGCCCGCAAUAUUGCGAUGGUGUUCGCACCAAACAUGACUCAAAUGGUAGAUCCUUUGACCGCAUUGAUGUAUGCUGUCCAAGUGAUGAAUUUCCUCAAGACUCUUAUUGUCAAGACACUAAGAGAAAGAGAAGAGUCUAUGGUAGAAACAGCCCCUGUCCCCCGCCUAGAGCCUACUGAUGAGGAUGGGCACCAAAGUACUUUUCAACCAUAUCUCAAAGAGGCCAACAAGGAGGCUAACAAGGAAAAUGAAGAGGAGAACGUAUUUGUUGGUGAAGAACCCGAUUUAGAAAGCCCGGCUCAUUCUGCACAAGAUGACUCUGCAACUGGAACUGGAUCUCAAACUUUCCUAUCUUCUAUCAAGAAUAUCAUUCCUGGAGGAAAUUGGUUUCUGGCUGAUAAUUGUCCAUGUGAGGUUGUAUCCCAAGUUAACUCUUUGACAAAUGGGCUCCAAGAAGAUGGUUCAACAGGUGCAGGUAGAGAGGCUCAACCCAACAUUUGGAAGAGCAAAACAGGUCAAUCAAGCGGUUCGAAUCUGAAGAAGGGAUCCAAGAAGGUUAACGAGCAGCUAAUGAUUCAGACUGCUGGGCCUGCAGACAAGAGCAAGAGAACUGGAAUUCUUAGCCGCAUUAAUUCGAGGACAGAGCUGGCUGAAGGUUGGCGUUGAAGAGUGUUUGGGGCUGUUUUUGGGUGUUGGGGAGUGAUGAAACAAACAUGCCCCAAACAUGUUUCUGUCUCCCAUGUGGAAAUAUUGUGUAUGUGUCUGUCUGUAUGAUCUCAUGUGUGCUUUAAGUUUGUGUGUGGAUGAAAUUUCUUAACCUUGUCUU